AUUGUUGUGAAUUUAAGAAACUUGGAGCGCACGCCAUGGUUCCUUCGUUGUUCCUCUACGCAGUUCCUUGGCCGUAGAAUGAAGCUGCUAUUCCCGUCACCGCCGCUCACCUCCACGUCGAGCAAUGCAACGGGAAUCUUUCUUUUCUUUUUCCGUCACUGUUCCAUGCGAAUCCAAUCAAUGGAUUCCCAUUUUGCCCCUCUCUCUCUCAUUCCCCUUCUGUCGUCGCCGCUAAUCACACAUCCGCUCGCGUUUCAGCUUCCGAUUAUCACAAGAUAACUUCCAACGAUAUAUUUCUUUCUUUCUUUUGAUUUGAUUCAUGAAUUCUUUUUCUGUAAGAAAGGGCGAAAUCUGUUUCCAUGAAGCCUGCCGCAGGGAAGCCUGGUUUUCUCAGCAAUGUACUUGUACGAUUACUCCUCUUCGGUGUUUUAAUCGUCAUCUUACGCUUCUCUUACGUCGUCACCCUCGCCGGGGAGUCCUGCGCUCUCGGCGGCUUCUGCUUUUUCUCACCGUCGCUCAAUCUUGCCAUCGCGGGAACCAGGUCCGGCUCUCUCAACGCCCGAAGCGCCGUGACGGAAUCGGAGCGCUACGCCAGCAAGGACUGGAUCAGCGGCGUUCAGUUCUAUUCUUCCGUGUUCCAGAACCUCAUCGCAGGCGGCUUCCUCUCGCCGGCGUCGAUGUCGCUUUGUGUGGAGACGUCCACCGGCCGCGAUGUCCUCGCGCUGCGGGAGGUCGGCAUAACCAACGCCGUAGGGAUCUCGAAGAAGGCGUCGCCGCCGCUGGUGAAGUACGGUGAGGCUCGCCGGAUUCCGUUCGCGAACGGCACGUUCGACUUUGUGUUCGUCGGAGAGGGCGCGCUCGAGAGAUCUCCUAGGGCGGCAGUGUUCGCAGCGGAAGUUGCGCGGACGCUCAAACUUAAAGGGUUUGCCGCGUUCCAUGUAAAAGCCAAUGACACUUACAGUUUUAAUUCAUUCGUUGAUUUGUUCAGUUUUUGUUGCAAUGUGGUGAAAAUAAACAACGUGUUAGGAUUUGAUUCAUCGAUGCCUCACAUUAAAGAGCUCAUUGUGAAGAAAGAGCGUCAUGAAAUCGGUUCCGAUUCCUAUUCCAGUUCCAAAGGAAAAUGCUCUGCUCCAGACUACAAAAAACAAUUGGUUAGAAACGCUGAGGCUCUAAUUGAAGAGGAGCCACUGAAGCCAUGGAUCAUUCUCAAGAGAAACGUGAAGAACAUACGGUACCUUUCUUCAAUGGUUGAUAUAAGUUUUAAGGGUAGGUAUGUGUAUGUUGACGUCGGAGCUAGAAGCUAUGGUUCUAGUAUUGGAAGUUGGUUUAGGAAACAGUACCCGAAACAGAACAAGACCUUUCAUGUGUAUGCAAUUGAGGCUGAUAAAGCGUUUCAUCAAGAGUAUGGCUCGAAAAAAGGGGUUACUCUGUUGCCUUACGCUGCAUGGGUGAGGAAUGAAAGUUUGGUGUUUGAGAUUAACCGUGGCCCUGGGGAGAAUGUUCAGGGUAAGGGCAGGGGAAUGGGGAGGAUUCAACCAUUGCAGUCUUCAGGUGUUUUUGAUGGUGGUGACGUUGAGAAGAUUCCAGGAUUUGAUUUUGCUGACUGGUUGAAGAACACAGUUUCGAAGAAUGAUUUUGUUGUGAUGAAGAUGGAUGUGGAGGGUACUGAAUUUGAUUUGAUUCCCAGGUUAUUUGAAACUGGGGCUAUAUGUUUGGUGGAUGAGAUUUUUCUUGAGUGCCAUUACAAUAGGUGGCAGAGGUGUUGCCCUGGACAGAGGAGUCCCAAGUAUGAUAAAACUUAUGAUCAGUGCUUGCAGCUCUUCACUUCUCUCAGACAAAGUGGGGUCCUUGUUCAUCAAUGGUUUUAACUUAGUAUAAUUUCGUGAUGGGUCAUAGCAUUCUUUAUUCAUAUUAUUUUUAUUUUUACCUAGACAUUAGACAAGAGAGGCAGAGACAUAAUCCUGUGUGAAAAUCAUUUCUCUACAACAAUUGAAUUUGCUUCACGUGUCUCUUCUUUUGUCUGUGUACAUAUAGCAAAUAAUACUGUAAAGUUUAAUCUAUUAUUUUGAUGGUUCCUUUUGUCAGAUUAUUGUUGAACAAUUUUAGUGCACUGUGUAAUAAAAUAGUUGGGGAUAUCUAGUCAAAAUGUUCUUUAAAUGAAAUGGAAUUGGGUUUUCCGUGGCUGUAACAGGAAUACUGGACCAUAGUGAUCUGAGACCAGAAAUCAUUGCCACAGGUCAUAAUUUCCCGAAAUUGUUUUCAGGGCACAUAUAGUGAAAUGGUGUGAAUGAGCUUGACAUUCAGAAAUCACUGGGAUCAACAUUCCGCAGAUAUGUUGCAUGACGCAAUGAUGCCCGAUUCCAAAGCUGUUCAUCUCGACAAGGAAGAGAGAACCAAGGUAAACUACAGAGAACGCUGAUCAGUAUGGGUGAGGUGGAAAUAGAAUGGAUCCUGCCAAUGCUAGACAAUAUUGAGGAGAAUUUAGAACACUCCCACAUUAAGAUAUCGAAAAAAAUAUAUUACUGAUAUAUAACAUCUGAUUUUUAUUUUCAUUUGCAAUAGAAUGAUAUCAUAAUAGGUGCUUAUAUAGACACUAGUUAACAAGCACUUUCAGGUCCUAACAUUGAUAAUCAACUUAGCAAAUUAGCAAAUUUAACUACCCAUAAUAACAUAUUUAGCUACCAAUUACUUAAAUUACAU